AUGUGUGGAGGAGGAGGAAGAGGGCUCCCGCGCCCAUGUGCGUCCUGGUCCAUGAUCCAUCCUCUGAUCUUGUUCUUGUUUCUGUUCUUGUCUCUUGACCUCCCUCGGCCUCCAUCAUCUCUCCCGAGUCCCAGAGCCAUGAGUAGUCCAUGA